AUGAUAGAAUAUGAAGAUGAACUUACUUAAUGUUUGAAACAUAAGGUUCCUAUCCUAAUGAUAAAUUGUGACAAAUAAAUAAAAAGAAAUUAAAGACUUUUAUGCUCUGAAUGCAUGAAAAAUUUAGAAUCAACAGUCCAAUUAAUGAGUUUUUAGAAGGUUUUUGAUGAUAUCAGAGAAACUCAAAAAUAAAAGAUAGAGGUUGUUGAAAAUGAGAUAACGAUUAGCAUAAAGCAUAUUGAAAAUAUAAAAAAAAGGUUGUUAGUUAUUAUAAUUUAAUAUAAUUCAAUAAUUAGAUUAAUUAAUAGGAAAUGUAGAUGA